CCUCCCUCUCUUCAAAACCAUAUACACCAACCCAAAAGCUUCAAGCUUUCAAAGAUUUCACAUGGAGCGCCAAACAGAACCCUAAUCACAGGGAGAGAGAGAGAGAGUCUGUGUUAAAAGAAAUUUAAAAAAAAAAAGGGGAAAAUCACAGAUACAAGUAUAUCCACAUUCAGUAAUUCAUGGAGUUUUCUUUCUCCAAGCCCCACUUUCUGUUCAGGUAAUUAACACUGCCAUACUGCCAAACUCCUGUCAGAGCUGCCCUUUUCCCUAUCCGUAUACUCUCGAAAACACCUACUUUUCUCCAUUAGCAUCACCGCCACCUCCUCCAUAAAUGCUUCGGUUCAAUCAUUAUUAAUUGCUUAUGUAAAAAAGGAUAUAUUUUUCUAAGUGUUUAGCUGUCUGAUCAAAUGAAAUGGGAAUGUAGGUGGUGCUGUAAAGGAAGUUUUCUUGGUUUUCUCUUUGUGCGUUUUUCAGUUUCAAUGUGUUUCUUGCUGAGGUAGUGUUCGUAGUGACCGUUUGAUAAGGUUGCUGCAGAACAACAAAGAAAUAUAGAAAGGAAAAUGGCAGAAAUGAGAGUUUCUGAUCCAAGUAGAUUGCAUUUGAAGAAGGAACUUACUCAAAUCAGAAAAGCAGCUCGAGUUUUGCGCGAUCCAGCAACUACCUCUUCGUGGAAAUCGCCUCUUACUUCGUCUAGAUCUGCAGCAGCUGAAACUCUAGCUGCUGCCGCUGCUUCUUCCACUUCUGCUUCUGCUUGGAAACAGUUUGAGAAUGAGAAUGUAAUCCCAAAUGGGAGUAAUUCGCAUUUGGAUUCCCACUUCAGGGAUACUGGGAAAGAAAGGAGAGUGUUCCUAUAUAAUUGGAAGACUCAGAAAUCCUCCAGCGAGAAAAGUGCAAUGCCAAGAAAUGAUGCUGAUGAAGACUAUGAGUCUCGUUCAAUUGAAGAAAGUUUCGAUGAUAGCUUGAGCGAUGAAAGGAAUGCUGCAGAUUCCAAGAGUGACAGUUACAUGGGCGAGAGUAGGUCUUCUUCAACGAUUCUCAGGUGUAGAGGUGCAAAUCCUGUCUCACGUUCAAUGAAUAGGGCAAUGGGGAUCAAGAAAAAAUGUAAGAAAACUAACACCCAUUUGGAUAUUUUGUCUAGAUAUCAACAAAAAGAGAUGAAUUUGAGAAGACUGCUCAAGAGUCAUCCUUCAAUGGCUUUAGGUUUAGGAGUAAGAGUGGAAGACUCUGUAGAGCAAUCUGAUGAUACUGAAGAGUAUAGUAAUUCUGAGGAUCUAACAAAGAAUUCAGGGGCAUCCCCUUUUCUAAUAAAACAUAAGCAUAAGAAUUUGUCAAAUUCUCCAUCUAAGUUUUUGAGAAAUUGCCAAAAAGAGGACUCUUCUUACUGUUAUAGCACACCUGCAUUGUCAACUAGUUCUUAUAAUAGGUACUGUAAUCGUAACCCAAGCACUGUUGGAUCUUGGGAUGCCACCACAGCCUCAUUGAAUGAUGGGGAUGACAAGGUGGAUGACCAUUUGGAUUUGCCGGUUCGCCAGGGAUGUGGGAUUCCUUGCUAUUGGUUGAAAAGAACACCGAGACAUAGAGGGGUAUGUGGGAGUUGUUGCUCUCCUUCCCUUUCAGACUCUAUAAGGAGGAAAGGGACUAGCAUUUUGUGUGGUAAUCAGUCGAUGUAUCAUAGGCGCUGGCGUUCAUCAUCUGCUUCAAAUAAGAGAAGACUUGCUUCCAGAAGUUCCCAAGGACUUCUGCCGCUGCUUACAGAUAUUGAUGGCAGAGGAGGGCCAUCUAUUGGAACUGGUCAUAGUGAUGAUGAACUCUCUACCAACUUUGGAGAGCUCGAUUUGGAGGCCUUGAGUAGACUGGAUGGGAGGAGAUGGUCUAGUUGUAGGAGUCAAGAUGGACUAGAGAUUGUAGCUCUCAAUGGAGAUAGAGAAGAGGAAGGUACACUGGAAAAUAUUCUAUGUUUGAGUCAAAAGUACAAUCCUCUCUUCUUUGGUGAAGUGAUUGGGCAGAACAUUGUGGUUCAAUCUCUUAUAAAUGCUAUUUCCAGGGGAAGAAUUGCCCCUGUUUAUCUUUUCCAGGGUCCCAGAGGGACUGGCAAAACAUCAACAGCCAGGAUUUUUGCCUCUGCGUUAAAUUGUAGGUCUAUAGAAGAAACAAAGCCAUGUGGGUACUGCACCGAGUGUGCCGAUUUCAUUUCUGGUCAGACUAGGGAUCUAUGGGAAGUUGAUGACAGCAAUAAGAAGGGAUUUGAUAAAGUCAGGAACCUUUUGAAGAAGCUUUCACAGCGGCCCCUGACAGGCUCUUCUCAUUACAAAGUUUUUCUCAUUGAUGAGUGUCACUUGCUGCCAGCUAAGAUGUGGCUUGCAUUUCUCCAAUUUCUUCAAGGACCACCACAACGAGUUGUGUUCAUAUUUGUAACAACUGAUCCUGAUAAUGUGCCUCGUACGAUACAAUCACAGUGUCAGAAGUACCUAUUUAACAAAAUUAAGGAUGCAGAUAUUGUGGCAAGGUUGAGGAGAAUUUCUGCCGAAGAAAAUCUAGAUGUUGAAUUGGAUGCAUUGGAUUUGAUUGCUUUAAAUGCAGACGGUUCACUUCGAGAUGCAGAAACUAUGUUAGAUCAGUUGAGUUUGUUGGGGAAGAGGAUAACUACAUCUCUAGUAAAUGAACUUGUGGGUGUUGUCCCAGAUGAAAAAUUGCUGGAACUUUUGAAGUUGUCUAUGUCUUCAGACACAGCAGAAACAGUGAAGAGGGCCAGGAAUUUAAUGGACUCUGGUGUUGAUCCCAUGGUUUUGGUGUCCCAACUGGCCAGCCUUAUUAUGGACAUCAUUGCUGGAACUUACAAUGUUGUUGAUGCCAAAUAUAGCAAUUCAUUAUUUGGUGGACGAAGCUUGAAUGAAGCAGAAAUGGAGAGAUUGAAGCAUGCAUUGAAGCUUCUAUCAGAGGCUGAGAAACAGCUACGAGUUUCAAGUGACAGCUCGACAUGGUUCACAGCAACUCUUUUACAGCUUGGUUCAGUGCCUUCACCAGAUCUUACUCAGUCAAGCAGCAGUAGAAGACAGAGCUCGAGGACAACUGAGGAUGAUCCUUCAAGUACUUCUAGAGAAGUAACUAUUCACAAGCAUAACUCAGAUGCUCAUUAUUUGCUUCGUAAAUCAAGUUCGCCUGCUUCCUUGUAUAAAGCUAUAAAUGAAAACUCCAGCCACCAAAGAGAAUGUGGUUUCAGCUCUAAGCCCCCUCGUAGUCAAUCAAUGGAUAGCCUUAACUCUUCUGCCUCACGGGAUGACAAACUGGUCGGAAAUCUGCUACAGAGAGCCAGAAACUCUGAUAAGUUGGAUCACAUCUGGGAAAAGUGUAUUGCAAAUUGUCACUCGAAUACACUUAGGCAGCUGCUACAUGCUCAUGGAAAACUUUUCUCUAUCUCUGAAGUUGAAGGUUCUUUGGUCAUUUUCGUUGCAUUUGCGGAUGAAGAUAUUAAAGCAAGGGCUGAAAGGUUUAUGAGCAGUAUCACAAAUUCAAUUGAAGUGGUCUUGAGAUGCAAUGUAGAGGUAAGAAUCAUCCUUGAGCCAGAUGGUGAGGAAUCUAUGAACCGUGUGAAUCAAAGUGAAUUACAAGGUCAAAAGCGGGCAGAAGCAACUUUGGGAAUUGAGCAGGAAAAGAAAGCAAAUGGUUUCACUGAUUCACAACAGGAAUCCCCAAAAUUGGCCAGAGGAAUCUUUAAUGAUAUGGAGGGCAAACUGAAAGAAGGAUCAGGAGAUCAUUUUAAAUCCUUAAUAUCAACAGAGUUACUGCCUGAAGCCAAUGCUGAAAACGGUGAUGUGAAAGAGAGGAGGCAGGAAUUACCAAUACAGAGGUUAGAAACUGCCUGGCUACAAGCUACAGAGAAAGGCACCCCGGGAUCAUUAAUUGGUCCGAAACCUGAGAAGAAUCAAGUGCUGCCUCAAGCGGACAUCUAUCAUCAAAAUCAAAUCGAACCUGCAAGUUCAAUGGAUCUGCCACUGCCAUCUCAGCUUUUGGAAAAUCAACUAAAUCAUGAGCUCAAAGUUUUGAAAAUGGAAGAUCAGAGGGUGGUCCAUAAGGACCAAAUUGGUAAAAGGCCUGAUUGUUACCCAAUAUCUCCAAGCUUGUUGCAUGAUAGCAACUUUAUGGACAAUCCAAUCAAAGAAAGCCUGGGAUACGAAUCGAGUUCAUCAAGCAGAGGUUGCAGUGGGAUUUUCUGUUGGAAUGCUAAUAAAUCUCAUAGACAGAAGGUGCAAAGGACUCCUGUUCGCUCUUUCGAAUGCAGAGGCGGAGGACUUACAUUGUUCGGAGAGUGUGGGAAGCAUAAGAAAAUAGAAAGCAGCAAUAAAGGUUAAAAGGGAUAGCAGAUAAAAAUAUUUGGAGUUUUAGCUACAAUGUUUGUUACUCCACAUAGGUUUUUUUUGUGCAUUUUUAUUUUUUGAGGUUAAGCCAUUUUCUAAAUGAAGAAAACCAUUGGGAAAAUAUUUAAUGUAAAGGUUUUGCAAUUAGGCUUUUGGC